ACAGGAAGAUCCAGCAGACAUUGGCACAUCAAGCAGUAACGGAGAGCAAAUCGCCAGAGUUCUAGAGUCCUCAUCGCACUCUCUUUUGACUGUAAGAAGAAAAAUUGAACAUGGACAGCAUUUUCCGGCUUUUUGCACUUACUACUACCUUCUACUUCGUAUCGAGCAAUCCGGCAUGUACGGAUGAUCCUGAUGGCAUGAAUUAUAGAGGGGAUCUAUCCGUAACUUUGAGCGGUAAAACGUGCCUGUCGUGGACAUCUCUAGAAUUGUUUAAAUCCAUAACGGAGGUCUUUCCGGAUGCAGGCCUUGGAGACCACAACCACUGCAGAAACCCGGACACAACCUUCACAGCAUGGUGUUUCACUGCAGACGAAUGGGAAUGGGAAUAUUGUGCUAUUGGUGAUUUCAGUCCACAAUGCGCGGCCACCCAUGCGACAGCCGAAUACUAUGAAGAGAUCACCGGCAAGGACUACCGUGGCACCAUGUCAACCACGAGGUCUGGAUACGAAUGCUUGAACUGGACUUCUGAAAUGCCAUUUACUGGAAUAAGACCAGAGAACUACCCCGAUGCAGGGCUCGGGGACCACAACUAUUGCCGCAAUCCUGACAGUUCCGCCUUUGUCUGGUGCUACAUAGCGGAAACUGAGAGUAACUGGGAGUACUGCAACAUUGGCUUGCCAAGUCCUCAUUAGAGAGUUGCCACUCUGAUGAUGAUUCAUUGUCUUACUAGCAGAUUUAGGUUUUUGUGAUGAUCAACUUUUGAUUUCUUAUAUUCUAUUAUUAUGACUAUAGGCCCUUUUCGGUUUUUCUUGAUAGUAGCCUAUAUUUGGCGCUUGUUUACAAACUGUUUUGAAUUCAUCUCUCACUAAGGGUAAUUGUUCAUGAAUGUCAACCAAUUUUCCUGCGUAUUUUUGUCUAAUGCUUGUGGAUAUAUAACCUGUUUGCAUGCCCGGGUAUGCAUGAUUAUUUAAACUCUUGAUACAUAUCUGUUUAUGUGAUUAAGUAAUAUGAAAAUAUAAAAAUAUAAAAAAUGAACAAAUUCUUACUUGUAAUAACGAUGAUAGAAAAUGGAAAGAGAACAGUGUUCCGGCACAUGUUGGUAAAAAGAAAUUUGUUACAAAAUGUGCCGAUAGUGCACCAUAGCCUGACAGUUUUUUUUUUUGUGUGUGCAGUUAUACUAUGCACAUUUUUGGUAACAACCUUAAAACCUGAUUUACGUUUGAUACUUAUGGUAUUGGGUUGGAGACAAAGUCUGGGGUAGUAUAUUUGCCUGUCUGUCUGUGUGUGUGUGUGUGGGGGGGGGGGGGGCUCCACGUCAUGCCAUUUCGUCCAAUGACGUCGUCUAAUGCCGUUUGGUCCAGUAUCAUUUCGUUCAAUAGUCAUUUCGUUUAAAAGCUGGUAAGUCUAAGAGCCACUUAGUGCAAAGCCACUUCUUCUAAAAGCCAUUUCGUCCAAUAUCCAGUUCGUCUAACGCCAUUGCCAGUUGGUCCAAUUGACAGUUCGUCAAAUACCCUUGAUCAAAUUCUCACUUGGUCUAAUAACCGUUACUGGGGACAGGCGCAGAUCCAGGGGAUGAAUGCCCGCCCCCGGUAAAAAGAAAAAGAAACACACCACAAUAUAGGAUGAACAAUUAUUAUUAAGACGCAAAUAGCGAUUUAUUGACCUGAUUUUAAUAACCGUAUCUUCGACGCAUUCAGCUUAUGGCCAGUUUUCUCAAGUUUGAUCACUUUUGGUGCUGCAAUUUAUUCUCCUCAUGAAUAUUAAAUCAUGUGAACUAUAUGUCCGUUUAGUAAUGUGAAACCAAGGCUCAUGCUGUUGCGAAUUUGACAUUUAAAUUUGAGUCAUAUCUCUGCAUCCCCGAAGCUUAACUCUUGUAAUAUUUAAGAACAACAAAACAAAAUACAUUUAUUAUCUUUAAUUUCUCCCCGAGUCCGUUUACGUUUUAUGUUUUUUCAGAGUUAUCCAAUGAAUGUAAUCAAAUAUUGGAGAUUCCAUUAUUUUGUUUAGCCUCAUUUGAUUUCUUUGUCUCUGAUGCCAAAAUAAAAACCGAUGAUAUUGGGCAAAGUAAUGUUCAUUAAAUAAUUAAUGUUUUUGAGGGGCUAAAUUUUUGUUUUGAAUAUAUCAUUUGUUUUGAAUAUUGUUGGGGGUAGUAUUGGUCAAUUGCUCUCUCCCCUUCUCCCUUCCUCUCUCUCUCUCUUUCUUGCGCAAGUUAUUUGGACAUGAAAUUAUUAGUAUUUAUGUGUUUGUAAUCCAUGGAAUUGUAAUCUUGUUUGUUAUUGAUUUGUUUGUUUUAUUUGUAUUUUUUUUGCAUUUAAAACAAAUGACAAGCGAGAAAUAAUUUUAGGAAAACAAUAAAAUUUUGGGAUCUGAAGAGAAAAUUAAUGUACAAUGCAUAUCUGACAUUGGGAAAGUCAAUUAUUUUCACAAGUGGCUAUUGGACGAAAUGGCUCUUAGACAAAGUGGCCUUUGGACGAAAUGACUCUAAGAUGAAGUGGCUUUCGGACGAAAUGGCUCUUAGACUAUAUAACUGGCUAUUGGACGAAAUGGUUAUUGAGCAAAAUGAUAUUGGACUAAACAGCAUUAGACGACAUAGUCAAUAGACGAAAUGGCAUUGGACUUUUCAUUUUUCACUUGAAUUCAAUUUUUUUCAAUUCAAUUUAUUCAAAUUCCAUUCAAUAAAAAACACAAGAUACAAUAUCAGAGAAGUACAUAAUUGGUAACAAAGCAAUUUAACAUACAUAAAUACAAAAUGAAAUUUGGGAGACUGCAAAAGAUUGAAAGGUCUUGACGAGGCAGACCCCGAGUGCCAUCAUGGCGAGUCAUAGAUAGGUUAAAAUGAUGACAUGAAAAAAAGUACGGAUGUCCUACCCCCCCCCCUCCCCCAUCGGGAACUGGAAACCAGUGUGUAACAAUAUAUAAAUGAUCUGAAUACACUUUAAGAAAAUGAAUUAUGAGUCAUAUGACGAUAUAAUAUGUUUGUUAGCUUACGUUUAAAAGAAUAAAGCUAAGAACAUUCUUUUUUUUUUUACGAGGCAGUGAGUACCAGACAUUGGGUCCUCUAUGUCUAAUGGAUUUGUAGGCAAGUUUACUGAGAUGAAAAUUGUUGGAACCUCUGGUAUUGUGUUCAUGAAUCUGGGUAUUGCGUAUAAACAUUGAAUUAAAAUUGAUUGGAACCAAGUGAUUAGCAUAUGAACAUGAAAUUUGCAGUUUGUAAGAUAUUGAAUAUGCCCAGUUUUUUUUAAAUUGGAUCAGUAUGGGCUAAGUAAGGAGAACCUGUGCAAAUACUUAUGGCUCUUUUCUGAAGUAACAAUAAGGAAUAAACAUUUCUUUUGGUUCCACAACCCCACGCAUUAUUAGCAUAAGAUAAAUAUGAUAAUAUGAAAGAAUUGUACAAUAAUGUAAUAUACUUUGGCACUAACGUAUCUUUAAGUUUAAACAUACCAAUAAUUCUAGAAAUAUGAGUUCUUAGAUGCUGAAAAUGCAAAUUCCAGUUUAAAUGUUGAUCGAGAAUAACACCAAGAAAUUUAACAUUAGUUUUCCUUUCAAUUAGGGUAUUGUCUAUUAAGAUUUGGCACUGGUCUUCCAUAAUCUUUUUGUUUGGGUUGUGAAAUAUAAUAUAAUUUGUUUUACUGAGGUUGAGAGAUAACUUAUUACAUUGUAGCCAGUUAGUUAGUUUACGUAAUUCUACAUUGAUAGUGACGAUCAUUUUAUUAAAAUCAUGAUGAAAAUAUAGAAGUGUCGUAUCAUCUGCAAAUAACACAUAGUAGCUAAGCAUUUCAGAAGACUUUACAAUGUCGUUCAUAUAUAUAUGUCAUAAAAAGAAGCGGCCCAAGUAUGGAUCCUUGUGGGACGCCACACUGGAGCUCUAAAAUUUGUGAUUUAGGUAAGUCGACCUCAGUGUAUUGAAUUCUAUUUUUAAAAUAAUCUUUAAACCAUGCAAGAGGCGUACCCCUUAUACCAUAACAUUCAAGUUUAUGUAUUAAAAUUGAGUGAUCGAGUGUGUCGAACGCUUUUGAAAGGUCCAAAAAUAAUCCAGUUAUAUAUUGUUUUUUUGCAAGGGAUUUAGUUAUUCUAUCGUGUAAGUCCAAAACUACUAAUUCAGUUGAAUGUCGUCUCCUAAAACCAUAUUGGGCGGUGCAAAGUAAUUUGUUUUUGUUAAAAAAAAAUUAUAUACCUGGUUAUGGAAUAUUCUUUCUAAGAUUUUAGAUAAAGAGGGUAAGAUAGAUAUUGGUCGGUAAUUUUCACAUUGGAUCCGAUUUCCCUUUUUUAAUAUUGGUACGACACGUGCUAUUUGAAAAUUGAAAAUAUGACAUAGUUGAUCGGCUAUAAAGACAAUUAUUUGUUUUAAGAUAAAUGAGUUAAUAUCGUCAUGACCACAAGUUUUUGUAUUUUUAAGGGAUUUUACGAUGGAUAUAACUUUAUGUGGUGUUACGGGUUUGAAAAAUAUCGAUUUUUCAGCUCGUUCAUGUAAAAAAAUCUUCAAAAGAGUGCUCAUUGGUUAUAAAAGUUUUUGAUAACGUUGGCCCUAUGUUUACAAAAUAUUUGUUUAAGAUGUUUACAAUUUUCUAUGGGUCACGUGCAUGUCUUUUCUUUUUCAGAGUACAUUUUCUUUUGUGAAUUCUGUUCUUUUACCCCUACCUAAGAUAUUGUUUAAGAUGGACCAGGUAGCAGUCAUAUUUCCCGACACUCUUAAGUUUAUUUGUAUAAUACAUUUUGCGUGAUGCUCUAAUAACGGCUGUUAGUUUAUUACGAUAAGCCUUAAAUAUGUUAUGUUGGACGGUAUAGGAUUGCGUAUAAUCCACUUAUAUAAUCGGUUCUUUUUUCGGAUAUAAUUCAUUAUCGCAUUAGUAAUCCAAGGAUUAUGAAUAUUAUUUUUUCUUUUCUUUUUGAGCAAACAAGGUAUAUUUUUAUCAUAUGCUAUGUUCACAUCAUGUGUUUCUUGAAAUAUAUCUGACUAGGUUUCUUUUAUAAGAUCGAUUUUAAGGGAGUUUAUGUUUUCGAUUGAAUAUUGUCUAUUAAAGUAUUCAUUAGAUUC